AUGAAGUUCUUCACCAUCAGCGGCAUUUCAACGCUCUUAUGCAUCUUAGCACCAGUGCAAGCUUUUGUAACACCGCCAUUGCGAGAUCUAAUACCAAAUGUAUUACCAGUGCCUGACCCGAAUCGAGAAUUCAGAUUCCACUGCCCAAAUGGUCCCAUAUACUCAAAAGCUCAAGCCAUGAAAGUAGUUCUGUUUGCCAAAAAAUUUAUACGUCCCGAUAAACCAGAUGAUGAAUAUCCUUUUGUAUCCACUAGACUUAGCUACAACGUUGCCGGAACAGUAUGGUAUUAUCCUAUGGCAGAGGGCCCAGGUCCACAUGAUUUCGUUGUAUUCAACACAGACGGUGAAAUAGUCGGCCUAAACAGCCGCACUCAUUAUAGUCAAACCUCCGAUGUCAUUGAACAUUGUGAAUUUGAGUAA